CAAUAAAAACAAAACAAAAAUAUUUCUCAGCUGAGCACAUCUGGCACAUCUAUUUCGCCGAAUUGUUGUGUCUUGUAUUAUUCUUCGACUCACAGAACCGACUCUAGGCGAUUAUUGCAUCACGUUAAAAUGUUACAUGUCUAUCGAAAAGUCGGAGAUACCGUGUCUCGGCACUUUUUACGUUCGUUGGGUCCAGGUCCCGCGGUGAUAACGAAAAGAAGUUUAAUUUCCGAGAAACAAUUCAACAUUAAGGAUGAAGCUAUUGAUGGGAGACCACUCUAUUUAGAUGCACAGGCAACAACAUCUCUGGAUCCACGUGUUUUGGACGCAAUGUUGCCCUAUCUGACAGCAUAUUAUGGUAAUCCACAUUCUCGAACGCAUGCUUAUGGAUGGGAAUCGGAAGAUGCAAUGGAAAAGGGACGCUCUCAAGUAGCGAAACUAAUUGGGGCUGAUCCAAGAGAGAUUAUAUUUACGUCAGGCGCAACGGAGUCAAACAACAUAUCCAUAAAGGGUGUUGCAAGAUUUUAUGGGGUGAAGAAACGACACGUUAUUACCACUCAAACAGAGCACAAAUGCGUGUUGGAUUCAUGCAGAGCCUUGGAAGCGGAAGGCUUUAGGGUAACUUAUCUGCCUGUGCUGCAGAAUGGUUUGAUUGAUAUGGAAGAUCUUGAUAAGGCUAUCACGCCGGAAACUUCUCUAGUGUCGAUAAUGACUGUUAAUAAUGAGAUUGGAGUAAAGCAGCCGGUAGCUGAAAUUGGGAAAUUGUGCAAGUCGAAAAAAGUAUUCUUUCAUACAGAUGCCGCGCAAGCGAUUGGAAAAAUUCCCAUCGAUGUGAACAAAAUGAACAUUGAUUUGAUGUCGAUCUCAGGCCAUAAAAUCUAUGGUCCAAAGGGAGUGGGCGCACUGUAUGUACGACGUCGUCCUCGGGUUCGUGUGGAAGCGAUCCAAAGCGGCGGUGGCCAGGAGCGUGGUAUACGGAGUGGAACGGUACCAACUCCAUUGGUUGUAGGAUUGGGUGCGGCCUGCGAAAUUGCCAGCCGCGAGAUGGAAUACGAUCACAAGUGGAUGGAAUUCCUUUCGAAGCGCUUGAUGGACAACAUAUACGCAGCUCUCCCACAAGUUACCCGCAACGGUGAUCCUGUGCACUCGUAUCCGGGAUGUAUAAAUCUUUCCUUCGCAUAUGUCGAGGGCGAAUCACUUCUCAUGGCACUGAAGGAUGUUGCUCUCUCGAGUGGUUCCGCUUGCACGUCGGCUUCAUUGGAACCGUCGUACGUACUUCGAGCCAUCGGUGCCGACGAGGAUCUGGCGCACAGUUCGAUUCGUUUCGGAAUCGGUCGAUUCACUACCGUCGAGGAGGUUGAUUAUACUGUAGAAAAGUGUAUCAAACAUGUCUCACGAUUGCGGGAAAUGUCUCCCCUGUGGGAAAUGGUGCAGGAAGGUAUCGACAUCAAAACGAUCCAAUGGUCCCAACAUUGAGAUCGACAAGGAGUGUUUUGAGUAUUCGAGGAUAGAAAUGGGAUGUUUGAUGGGGUGGUGAUCAUUUUUAGCGUAACUUGUUUAGAGUAUUUAUCAUCUUUCACGAUAUACGUUGGCAAUAAAAUAGAUAUGCAGAAACAUAGUUAUAGACGGCAGUAAAUAAAAAACUUUGGACUAUUCUUGAAA